GUCGCCAGAAAAACUGAAAAUUAAGCAAAAGUAGAAUAGCGGCGAACAAAAACAGUCAAAACCUCAAAUCAUCUUCUCAAAUUAUAUUUUUAUUCCUUGAAUCCCCUUCACUUGUUUCAAACUUCUGACCAUUUAUUCAUCAUAUAUAUAUAUACACAUUCCAGAUGAAGAUCAUUUCUGGAACGAUUGUAUCUUCAAAGCCUGUUAAUCUCUCGAAAGCCGCCAAUAUUUUGUCGAAGUUUGUGAAAUCUGACAACGGAGCUUCCCAAGCGGUGUCUGCUUACCUCCGCCGUGCAUCCGAGGCUUUUAAUGAGCACGUAUACUUUAAAAAGAACCAUAAACUUAAGAGAAGUCGCUCAAAGGAGGAAGCUUCAACUAUAUCUGGAUUUUCUGAUAUGACUCAUAGAGAUAUAGAAGAAGAUGAGCGUACAGUUAUGGAAAAUGGCGAUGCGGGAAACAGGGAAUUUGACCAGGAUCCAGUUGAAAUUGAUGAAAACGGGGCCAGUAAAGCUAAAGGUAAGUUGAGAAAGAAAGAUAAGAAAAAGAAGACGUCCGAGGAUCUGGAGAGUAGUAAAACAUACAAUACUGAAGUUGGAUUGGAAAACGUUAUCGAACCUGUGAAAGAAAAGAGUGAAGAAAAGAAGAAAAAGAAGAAAAGGAAGAAUUCAGAGGUUGAUGGGGGAGAAAUUAGGAAUUCAGUGACGCCUGAAAAGAAGAAAAGAAGGAAAACCAAAGCCGAAGAAUAGGCAUAAAUUUUUGGUACAAUUUUUGUUGUUAUCGUAAUUAACUUGAUGAAUGUGAUUUACUAUUGAGUAAAGCAAUUUUGAUGGUGAUAAA